AUGCGUGUGAGAGUAUCCUCAUUACUCAGAAUAAGACAUACAGCUACUCUAUCUUUACCACUACCCGCCUCCACUUCAAAGCACAACUCCAUAUCUUACUCAACUCUCCUCAAAACUGUACCCCAAUACUCUUCCCCUGUUAAUGCGGAGCCCCUCCACCGCUAUACAGCCGGCGGCUACCAUCCAAUCACACUAGGAAAUCUCCUCCAUGAUGGACGAUACAAAAUUCUGCAUAAGCUAGGAUGGGGCGGAUACUCCACUGUCUGGGCCGCUAGAGAUGAACAGUACUUAGAAGGGAGAUAUGUCGCUAUUAAUAUCUGCGUAUCGGAGAAUCUUAGUGAUAGAGGAGAUCGACAGAUAGACAUCUUGAAGAGUCUGGCUAGUUCCCAGCAUGUCGUGCACAUACUCAAUCACUUCGAUAUAGAGGGACCUAAUGGGAUACAUUCCUGUUUGGUUCUCGAGAUGCUGGGAUCAAGUGUAUCUGAUUUGGUGGAGGAGCGGUUUGCAGAUGGGAGACUUCCGGGACAUAUCGCCAAGUCUGCUGCCAAGCAGGCUAUGAUGGGACUUAAUUCAUUGCAUCGUAGGAAGAUCGCACAUGGAGACUUCCAUAUCCGCAACCUGGCCUUCACUAUACCCUCUAUGGCCAACGUCCCAGAACAUGAAUUCAUCGAUAUACUAGGAAAACCAGACAUCGGAGUUGUCCGCAGAAAUGACGGCAAAUGUCUCGAGCCUGGUAUACCCGAGUACAUUGUUAGACCUGCGAGUUCACAUACACGAUCGUGGCCAUUGUCGGAUACCAUCAAGAUCGUCGACUUCGGUGAAUCAUUCUCACCGGAUAAUGUGCCCAAGACACUCCACACCCCAGUAGUAGUCCGGGCACCUGAAGUGAUAUUCAAAGAUCGGCUGGAUUAUCGUGUGGAUUUGCGGAGUCUGGGCUGCAUGUUAUUCGAGUUAUUUGUGGGCCAACCCCCCUUUGAUAACUUCUUGAUUACUCCCAAGAUCCUUGUUGAGCAAAUGCAGGAGAUAACGAAUGAAGCAUUGCCGGAGAGGUGGGUACCUUUAUGGGAGUCAAUGCCUGGCGACGAUGCCACUGCGGAUAAUGGGCCUAAACUGCAGGAGUGGCUAGAAGAGACGUACUUUGAUGGUGAGCGAAAAGAGGAAUUGACGAGAGAUGAUAUCGUGGAACUGGGGAGGAUUAUUCGGGAGUUGUUACGCUUUGAGCCAGCUGCUCGUGCUUCGGUGAAAGAGAUCUUGAAUGAUCCCUGGUUUAGAGAGUAA